UUUUGUGUACAUGUGGGUUUUCAGUCACUCAGGAUGAAACAAGUUUUGCUCUCUGCAUUUCUACUGUUUUCUCUGCAAGGUGUUGAUGCAGUGGAUUGCAUUUGGGGUAGUUGGAGUUCCUGUAGUGUUGAAUGUGGAAAUGGCACCAGAACUCGGCAGAUUAGUCAAGCAGCUACAAUGGGCGGUCAGAAGUGUACAGGACUAUUCACUGAGAUUUGCUUAGUAACAUCUUGUAAAGCAACCAAUUUAGCUGCUUCUCUUCAAGCCACAGUGAUCAUGAGUUCAGUCUUCCCUGGCUACAAUGCUACAUUGGCUAUAGAUGGCAGUCCAAAGAAUGUUACUGGACAGAUAAUUGAUGGUUUUGAUUGUGCUGCUACAAAAUAUUCUCUGAAUCCUUGGCUUAAAGUUGACCUGAAAAGUGAAUAUCUGGUGUCACGUGUUAGAGCUAUUUUUGUAGGUGAUACUGGUAAAGAUGUGUACGUUCAUGUUGGUAGCAGCUUAACAAACAAUGGGAGUGACAACCACAAUUGUGGAAAGGCUCCAUCUGAUAGCUCUCAUUACUGGAAUGCAAGAUGGCAAGGUGUUAGCUGUAGCCCACCAGUUUGGGGAAGAUACAUUAAUUUACAGAGAAUAGUGUUACAUCACCUUCUUCAUGUAUGUGAGGUGGCUUUCAACUAUGAGUUGGAGAUUGCUAUUCUGGACAAUGGCACGAGUAUUGAAGGAUCAAUUGUGGCAGUUUAUGAGAAUCAAGAUUACUCUAAUCCUAUUGAUUGUGGUGUCAGUCCUGAUGUGACCAACUUUAAUGCUCUCUUGCAAUGGAAGCACAACAUCACUAAUGACAUAGAUACUUUAAACAAUGACAUAGAAUCUUCGGCCAGUGAUAUAGGAGGAUCUGGAAGUGGACAGAAUGCUGGUGUAUAUCAGGUGUACGAGAAUGGUGUGCAGCGGCUCUACAUCAAGUCAGCUAGUGUCUCUGACAGUGGAGUGUAUACAUGUCAAUAUAUUGCAAUGGAUGGGUCUAUAGUGUCAAAGUCGUUUACACUGAAUGUUUCAGAUGUGGAUUGCAUUUGGGGCAGUUGGAGUUCAUGUAGUGUUGAAUGUGGAAAUGGCACCAGAACUCGGAAGAUUAGUCAAGCAGCUAGAAUGGGGGGUCAGAAGUGUACAGGACCGUCAACUGAGAUCUGCAUAGUCACUUCUUGUGUAGCAACCAAUUUAGCUGCGUCUUUUGGAGCAACAGCGACCAUGAGUUCAGUUUAUAGUUCUAACUACUUUGCUACAUUGGCUAUAGAUGGCAGUCCAAACAUUGUUACUGGACAAAGCCUUAAUGGCUUUGAUUGUGCUCAAACAUCAUUUUCUCUGAAUCCUUGGCUUCAAGUUGACUUGCAAAAUAAAUAUUUGGUGUCACGUGUCAGAGCUAUUCUUUUCACUAGAGGUGAAGAUGAAAACGUGUAUGUUCAUGUUGGUAACAACCUAACAAACAAUGGCAAUGAUAACCACAAUUGUGGAAAGGCUCCAUAUGACAGCUCUAAUCACAUGAAUGCAAUUUGGCGAGAUGUUAGCUGUAACCCACCAGUUUGGGGAAAAUUCAUUAAUUUACAGAGAAUAGUUUUACAUGACCUUCUUCAUGUAUGUGAGGUGGCUUUCAACUAUGAGUUGGAGAUUGCUAUUCUAGACAAUAAUAAGCAUAUUGAAGGAACAAGUGUGGCAGUUAAUGAGAGGCAAGAUUACUCUAAUCCUAUUGAUUGUGGUGUCAUUCCUGAUGUGACCAACUUUAACGCUCUCUUGCAAUGGAAGCACAACACAACGAUUGACGUGGCAUCUUCAAGUGGACAGAAUGCUAGUGUAUAUCAGGUGUAUGAGAAUGGUGUGCAGCAACUCUACAUCAAGUCAGCUAAUUUCUCUAACAGUGGAGUGUAUACGUGUCAAUAUACUUCAACUGAUGGCUCUGUAGUGUCAAAGUCAUUUACACUAAAUAUUCGUGAGGCAACGUCCAAGGUUUUGGAGUACGUUGUACUUGAACGGAUAAAGGAUGUGUUGAUCACCAACAAGCAACAGUUUGGUUUCAAACAAAGGCACGGAUGUGGAGACUGUUCUUUUGUUCUGGAACAAUUGAUUACUAUUUGA